AUGAGGUCAAAGGUAGAAAGAACAAUUAUAAAGUAAAAAUGGUGGACUAGUAAAUAUUUGCAGGUACAAUAUGUAAUGCCUCAAAAAUAAAGCGAUUUAUCAAGAAAAACGGUUUCAUCUUAAUUGGGACCGACCAGGGGAAACUAUUAAAAAUGUGAAAACAGAAAAACUUCAGAAUUAAAAAAAAGAAAAUAAAAUUUUCCAAUUGAAAAACAAAAGACGCACAAAAUAAUUCAAUGGGUCUCACAGCGCACACAGUAGCAAAACUGAGCGCGCUAUCUUUAUUUUUUGGAACGAACGUUUACAUUUUUCGAAUCCACCUAUUUUUCAAAAACUUUUCACAUCCCUAUUCUUCUUUUUGCUUAUUUAAAAGUAGAAAUUAAGGGCAAGUUUCUAGUCUCACGUCAUUCUAAUCGAUUGGUCGAAAUUUAUAUUUAAAAAAUGUGAUUUAAUUUCAGAUGAAUUGUAAAGAAUGUGAAGAAGAAACUCUCGAAUCAACACAAAGUGAAACUUCAUCAGAAGCCGAAUGCGAUAUAAAAUUACGGCAAAACUAUCAUGAGAAAACAGAAAAUCGAAACUUUCUCAUCAAAAUAUGGAAAAAUGAAGAGGAAUAUAUCAAUUUUUAUAUUGAUUUGAAAGAAUUCGAAAGAGUUUCAUUGGUUUUGCCAGAAUAUUCAAGAGACGACGAACUUGAAUUUGUUCAUGAACGUGGUAUUAAACCAGAGAAUUUUCACAAAUUCCUGGAAUCUGCUUUGCCGACAAUCUACGGUUUGAGACCUGUUCCAAUUUCAAUGUCGAAUAUUUGUGGAGUUCUUGAUAUUCUCGAAGUUUUCCCUUGUGAACCUCUUCUGGUAAGAAUAGAAGUUGCGAGAAAUAUGAAAUUAGUUAUGUUUACAGACAAAUUGUGAGCGAUUUUUAAUGAAAAUCGAUUUGACAACAUUGGAAGGGUCAGUUCUGAUUAAUAUUUUGAGUUCGGGUUUGAAAUCGAAUGUUGAUCAUAAAAUAUUGAAUCGUAUUGUUUGUAUUUGUCUUUUGAAUCCUGCAAAAUUAUCGAAUUCUUCAGUCGAAUUAUGUGGAAAUGUUGGAGGUGUUUUUGCACAAGCAUUUGUUGCGUAAGCAAAAAUAUUUUCAAUUUUUGGAAAAAUGUUUGAAUUAUUUUCAGAAAUGCUACAAAAUCAUUUCGCCACGUGAAACCAUUAAAAAAGAAAGAUGAACGAGAAGAUGAUAAAAUAUGUCCAGCAGUUAGAAGUUUGAUGAUGAACAAAACAAUUAGAAAGAAAUCAGAUUGUAAUCAUGAACAAGAUGAAACAUCGUGCGUUUAUUUCAAAUUUUCAAGUAACAAUUAACAUUUUUUAGUUUUCAAUGCAUUUUGUGUUUUGAUGUUCGUUGUCCGAAAUGUAAAGGUGAAAAUGCAUAUUGUUUUAAGGUGAGUUUGUUAUCAUUCUUUUUUUUUUAAUUUUGAAAAAUGGACUUAUUUCAGGCUAUCGAUAAUUUUCUUUAUGAUAUUCGCCUUCGUUUAUUUCCAAAAACAUAUCGGCCUCAUUGUGAUAGAGAAUCAAGAAGAGAUCACUGUUCAAAUCAAUAUAUUUAUAGAAAUCAAUUACGACCACCUCAGGAAUAA